AUGGACGAUGACAGCGACCAAAAUAGCGGUCGCCCGAAACGAUCCGCAGCCGCUUUCCUCGGCGCGUUCCUGCUGAACGUCCUGCUCGGGACCCUGUACUGCUGGAGCUGCUACCUCGUCCCGCUGGAGCAGGCGCUCGGCGUGGGCCGCGGCUUACUCUCCGGCGUCUUUUCCCUCGCCACCAUAUGCUUCACGGUCGCCGUUGCCAAGCUCGGCCCGUGGCUGUACGCGGUAGCAGCACCCGCGGUCAUAGGCACGGGCGCCGCGGUGUGCGCGGGCGCCGGCUUGUUGAUUGCGUCGCAGUCCAUCGCGUACGUCAGCGCGGCGCCGUUGUUCCUCGGGUACGGCGUCGUGUUCGGGGCGGCGUCGGGGGUGGGGUACGGUCUUUCGGUGCAGAUGGCGUCCCGGGCGCCUUUCGGCGAGGGACUCAGCACGGGACUGAUCACGAGCGCGAGGGCGGCUGGGGCGUUUGUGUUUGCGCCGGUGGUGAGGUACCUCCUGGACGGCGGCGGCGCGGGGCGGGCCAUGUCGACGAUGGGCUGCGCGCUUCUGGCGUCGGCGCCGUUCAUUUACGGGGUGCUGGCGACGGACGGGACGAAGCACCCGCUGGCGAGUCAGAAACGGGACAAGGACCUGCCCAUGACGACGGAAGAGGAGGAGAGGGAGCGGCAGCUGGGACCGGCCAUGUUUGCGCUCUGGAUCUCGCUCGGGCUCGGCGUCAGCGCCGGCCUGAUGCUGAUGGCGCACGCGUCCGCGCUGCUGUACUCGCACGGCGCGUCAAUCGGCGUGGCCACCGCUGGCGUGAGUAUCGUCAGCGUGUUCACCACGGCGGGCCGGAUAUUCGGGGGCUGGGCGUGCGAUCGCUCGGGCGUCGGCGCCGAGAGGGUGCUGCGGUGGGCGCCGUUUGUCGCGGUUCCCGCUCUCGCCGGGGCGGCGGUGGCGGCAAACAGCGUCGCCGCGGCGCAGGCAGCGCUCGCGGCCGCGUCAAUCGUGUACGGCGUGUUCGCGUCCGUGAUACCGGUGGAGGUGAGGCGACGCACCGGGAGCAGGGAUUUCGCUCGUCAGUUUGGCAAGGUGUACACGGCGUGGGGGUUCGCCGGUCUCGCCGCGCCGGUGGCCGCCGGGUGCCUGUUCGAGGCCAGGGGGGAUUACACCGCCGCGCUCGUGGCCGCCACCGCGCUGUGCAUCUUGUCCGCCAUGGUGGUCAGAUGGAUGCUCAAGCCUGGACGGUCCCACGAGGAGUGGAAGGAGGCAAUCGCUGAGGCAAAGCGGGCGAAGGCAGAGGAGGAUGCCGCGAAUGGCAUCAGUCAAGUUAUAGCUCCCUGA